UAAUCCGCGUAAAUACCACCUGCAGACCACACAACACAGUUGUUAUCCGCGGUACAAAGUAGUACGGCCGAAAUCUUGGAGUUAUUCACCUUGUUGUAACAUCAAAAGUCUCGCUAAUGACCUAGAAUAAACUUCAAAUGCUAGUGGUGUUGGUCCGGGUGGUGAUGAUUCUCGUGGGCUCUGAACAAACGGUUAUUGAUAGUUUAAAAGCCGUUGUUGGACGGCAAGGUAUACUAUGCUAGACUUGAUGCAAUAACAAUUUUGGUCACUAGUCGGCGCUUUUGAUCCAUUUAGCAUUGUUUAUUGGCGCACAAGAUGGCUUGUCUACGAAACCAUUAGAGAAGCUCUUUACUAUACCAUACUCUGUAUGCUCAGAGUUGUUUAGCAUUUCUGACCACUUAGAUUUCAGAAUGAAUACAAAUUUCUUUGGCCAUUUUCAUUCUCACGGUGCAUCAGUUUUGGGGUUCCCAAUGAUGCCAUCCAUAUAAUAAAAUCAAAUGGCCUGAACAAUACCUCAAGUGUGCAGGUCGUAGUGUUUGUAACCGCUCUUGUGUCACAUUGUACCGGUAUACCCAUAUGCAGACACAAAGUCAACAGACAAAUCUACACCAUGUAUAUAGUAUAUAGACUUUGAACCCUUGGCACAGGUGUUUGAUCUCAACCGUUACUUGGUUUCCAUGGCACAAUAAAUCCAUCAUGUUCUUAUCCAAUCACAGCCCAGAAAAAACAUAACAGGCUGACUUCCAUGAAGAAACAAGUGUGUCACGAGCCAUUAAUAGUUACGUAACUCCCAUUGGCCUGCCCAAUUACGAAGAUGUUUUGACAGAAUCUAGCUACCAGUAUUGACCGACUAGCGUGCAGUUUUGACAUAAAAAAUGGCGCUCGCUAAAGCGGAAGACUUGCACGAUCCAGAACAUAUUUUGACCUGCGCCAUUUGUCGUGGCCGCUUCCUCAAGCCGAAAGAGUUGCCGUGCCUUCACACGUUUUGUCGGGACUGCCUGGAGCAACAUGUCGGCGGUAAGAAUACCUUCUCCUGCCCAUCGUGUCACAGAGUAACGGACGUACCAGGAACUGGUGUGGACGGAUUUCUCAACAACCGUCACAUCAACAGUCUGGUGCAGUUAAACGAGCUUUUCAGUGGUGGAGAUUCGCACCCUGUCUGCCAGUUCUGUCCGUCCAGACAAACGGCAACAUCUUGGUGCCAGGAUUGUUCUUCUUUCCUCUGUAAGAACUGUCAUGAUCGAGCUUCCCAAAUGUUCCAAGGAGUGAGAUUUUAUACGUUAGAAGAAUCUUACGAUCCAAAGUGCAGGGCUAAGUAUCGUCAGAGAGCUUGUGGGGAUAGCUGUGACAUCUCUGCGAAGAUGGACUGUUUGUGUCUGACGAGAAAAUCUGAUGUCCCUGACCACAAAGUGACAGACGUCACCACAGGUAUCGACACGUCAGACACUAGACUCUCAGAGUAGUACAGAGGAUCCUGCCUAUAGUUGUACGUGAAUACACAAGAACCUUUUACCAAAGAUCGAAACUAAGAAAACGGAAAGAAGACAAGAAACCUGCCAAGUUUUGGAAGUCUUCAAGAAAAUAGGUCGUUCCUGAAUUCGAACAAGUAACUGCUUGAAAGCGUCUUCGACCACUUUUGACUGGACCAAAACACUUCCGAGGACUUUGAGUCAAUGGUGGUUUGUAUGCACGACGGCGAAAGUGAAAAUAAAAGUGAAAAGAUCGAUGUGGGAUGCAUUUGAGUCCUGCAACAAACAAUAUGGAGGGACAAAAUGUGAGGUAACGCUACUUCACCUUUAUCCACAGGGUAACCUUUAUCCGUUGUUUUUAGAACAAGUAUUUAGGGAUAUCAGGUCAACGGAUGGUCGUUUCACUAAAGUUUACUUUUUUUUAAAUCUUGCACUUAUUUUCAAAGUAUAGCAGCGUUCGUUGACUUCAUAUCCCUAAAUGCCGUGUUUUGAAAAACAACGGAUAUAGGUUACCCCGCGGAACUAGCGUUACCCAGUGGCGAAUGAAUGUAGUGUCGGUUAAGAAAGAAUUACGGCCUUACAAAAGCUACUGUAUGAUUUCUGUCUUCAAACGUGUCUGUAUAACAAACGGUGCAUCACUAAGUAAGCACUGGGAACAUGUUGUUGAUUCAAAAUGACGUGACCAUGCUAUGUUGUGUGACGACACGUACCUUUCUAGCUUACUUUUUCACGGCUCAUGGCAAUAAUCGGAAAGCUGGAAAAGUUGUCGUUGCGAGAAAAAAAUUCUUGACGUUUCAAAUCCUUAAAAAACAUAAAUUACUUAUGUAACAUUUACAAGUAAGCGUUAUCAUGGUAGCUAGUCGGUAUAUGGUCUAUUUCUUUAAUAGAUACACAUAUGACAGUACAAAUUUUAUCUUGCACAGCCUACAUAUACAUAUACAUAUAUUUUCCUCCUACUACAAGUCAAAAGAGAUGCACUUAGAUUUUCUUCAAAUUCAAUGAAACGCAUCCAAGUAUUUCUCUAGCUUGCUUACAUGUAUAAGCUAUAAGCAGUCUUUAACGAAUAUCAUAUUUUUGUAUGUAUUUUCUCUAUAUAUAUCUUUUUGUAUAUGUUGUAAAUUCUAUCCAAUUGUGCCGCUAAUAUAAGCGUAUCGCUCGAGUAUGGCACCACUGAGUGUACUUUCCUUCAAGGUUUGAAUAAAAGAGACUUUGCACGUGAUUUUGCUGUUUCAUAUGUUCAACAAAUAGGUAACCGCUAUAUAAGCUAUGUUGUCAAUUUCAUAAAGUCUGAAACACAUGAUUCAUAAUUAUAAUAUUUGUAGAAUGCUUACUUGAGGAGAUCGGAAAUGACAUCAUGAACUCAUAGAACACCCAUUACACGCCUUCAUUCUGUACACUUGAUUUGUUCCAUUGUCUUUCCGCGUGGUUGACUCUUUAAUCAAAGCUAUCUUACCUGUGAUUCAUCACGAGCGUGGGGUCACUGGGUCUGAGAGACCCUGGGAGGGGGGUGAUAAAUAAUGCUACAAUUUUUGGUUUCUAGACGGUUCGCGUGGACUUUUUCCCACAGAUCGUGUGCAUCGUAGGAAAUUUUGUGUGAAUACUACAUUUACCAUAUUUCUAAUGAUACCAUAUCCCGCACGUGUCCUCCAUUUACAUAUUAUUCGCCAUUUGCCCCUUUGCCCCAAGGCUAAACAACUGUCACGUACUGGUAUUAGAAAGGCGUUGCGUUGACACACCUCAAGUUGUAACCAUGAAUAACGAUAUAAGGAGGAAAAUAGUGGAAGGGAAAACCAACUAGAGUUCACCAUAACUUCCUCAAGUGUGUGUUGUGUCUUGAGCGCUACCAAAAGCCCAAGAUUCUUCCGUGUCUUUAUAGAUCUUAUACGACGGAGUGUGUGAGGAAAUCUCGUCGGUCUAGUCGCGAUUUCAGGUGCCGUUCGGACUUGCCGUGUCGUCGACGCUCUCUCGUCGGGCGGUGUUGACAGUCUACCCGACAACUUGUACCUGAAGUGCCUGCUCUAGUCUACCGUACGGUGGGGUGUAUUUAAGAUUGCUUUUUCCAGUGUCCGUGCCGCAGUUGCUCUCCCGUCGGGUACAGUGAAGUGUCUGCCCGACAACUUCUAUGUGAAAGGACUGAUCGAGUCAACCAUACGGUAAAGGGUCUAAGACACAAGACUGUCAGACGAGAACGUAUCAGGAAGCAUUUUUCAGGCCGUGACCAUUCGUUGCUUCUCUGUAAGGAUUGUACAUUAUUCUAGCAUGUCCUUAAGAAACUCUCACGACGUUCCUGGGGUUGAAGAUCUAGAGCUGUACCAUAAGGGGGUUAAACUUCGCGAUGCCACGCCAUGUCCCACACAUAAAGACCAAGUAGUGACGGCCUAUUGUAACACAUGUGAGGCUCUCCUAUGUCUGCGCUGCACCCAGUUCGACCAUCGCCCGGGGCCCGACCAUGACCCGUGUGAGCUGACGAAGAUUGCCGAAAGGCACCGAAGCAGCCUUCGUGAGCUGAUGAACAAUGUUCGGGACUUGACGUCGGAGACUGUAAGAGCUAGUGACAAGGUCAAAUCGGAACAAGAUGCUCUUAGACUUGAGAAAGAAAGAGCCGAGGAGGAUAUCAAAGAUUUGUUUGAUGAACUAACUGCACUGUUGGAAGAGAAGAAAACGGACCUUUUGCACGAGGUUCGACGUGUCAGCGCAGACAAAAUGGCGACCUUGACUCAACAGUCCCGUGAGUUGGACGACUUUUUAGCAAACAUGGAGUCUGAGGUAAAGUUUUGCGAGCAAGCCUUGUCUCACACUAGUGAUGCUGAACUUGUACCUUUACAGAAACAAAUACAGAGGAACCUUACACAAAUUCUAUCACGAAAAGUUGGUUUCAAUCCUCCAACGAAUACUUUAAUCGUGUAUAGGGCGGAUAAGACUUGUCUGCAAACGUUACAAGAUCUCGAAGUUGGCUACAUCCAAUCAGCGCCCUGUUCACCCUCAAACUCAACACUCUCCAUCCAGGAAGUUACGGAGGGGUUUUUGACAACGAUCCAACUACAGCCACGGGACGAACACGACCAAAAGUGUCACAUAGAUAAUGAGAACAUAGAAGUUGAGAUUAAAGAACCUUCUGGUAGUAUACAAGAGGCGAACAUAGAGACAAAUUCUGAUGGUACUUGGGACGUAAAGUGGAAACCACGGGUAUCCGGCGAGCAUUGCGUGGUGGCCUGUAUCAACGGGUACCCCAUCAGAGAUAGCCCUUACGUCACCAAUGUCAAGAGCAACAAUCCCGUCCUACAGUUUGGGAAGAAAGGAACGAGGAUUGGUCGCUUUAAAGAACCAAUCGGGAUCGCCAUAGACAAAUCAGGUCAAGUCGUGGUCGCGGAUUCAACCAACGCGAGGAUUCAGAUUUUUGACCCCCUUGGAAAGUUUCUGCGUGCGUUUCCGACGCUGUCUUCACACGCUACAGGUGUAGGUGUUAGUCCGCUAGGUGACGUCGUGGUUGUUGAGUGGGAACAGAAUACCGUGAUGAUAUUUUCUGCGGAGGGGAAACUUCUCCAGCGGUUUCGUUGCGAACAUUUCCGGCAGCCGUACGGGGUAGCUGUGCGACAGGACGGGUGGAUAGUCGUGGCCGACGCGAAGGCUCACCGCGUCUUUGUACUCGCUCCGGACGGGACGCUUGUCCGGACGGUCGGAGAGAGAGGGACCGGCGAUGGUCAGUUCGAACAGCCGUACUUCGUGGCCACCAACCAAAAUGACGACAUCAUAGUCGCCGAGAUGUCCAACCACCGCGUUCAAGUAUUCGACUUCUUCGGGAACUUCAAGCGAAAGUUCGGCUCGUACGGACACAAGUUGGGUCAGUUUUCGUGUCCGGCCGGAGUGGCAGUAGACAGGGACGGUCAGAUCAUUGUGGUGGACACGGACAACCACCGGGUCCAGGUGUUCCGGGAUGACGGGAAGGUGUUGUCGGUGAUAAGUAGCGCGGAACGCCGGCUGAACAUUCCUCACGGCGUGGCAGCCACAGACGACGGGCACGUCUUUGUAGCGGACACGUACAACCACUGUGUCAAAAAGUACCGAUACAUGUAAGGCAAAAGUUAGUCU